CUUGGAAAAUGUAAAAAAUCUCCGGUGUCUAAGCUGAGAUGAACUUGAGGUAAGGCGGAGGUAAUUUUUUUUUUUUUGCCAGACCAGUUUUGACAGGACCGGUUUUGACAAGUUGCAUACUUGUUGGAACACCUAACACGGAAUCCAUCAGUAAACUCCACACGGGGAAGAUGAUGUGCACUCGCCUGCUCUCCUCGCGCCUCUACCUGCUCUCCACCAGACUCAAGUCCACCGCCUCCCCGAGGAUGGUGCAGGCCGCCGUGGCUGCGGAUAAACCGCCGAGACCCCUGGCCGUCUCUUUAGCCUUCGAGGAUCCCAGCGCGUUUCAGGUGAAAAGCCUGAGAGAGUUGUUCCGUGCCUUGGUUGUUUUCCGAUUCUGCUCCUUCCCAAUGCUGGUCAACAACUGCAACAAGCUGAUGUCAACGGCCCGCAGCAUUCUGGGAAGGCGCGUGUUCGCCACGCUGAUGAGAUCCACAGUAUACGCUCAGUUUGUGGCCGGCGAGAACGAGAAGGAGAUUUCCGAGUCCAUGGAGAAGAUGAGCACACUGGGACUGAGGCCCAUGCUGGCGGUUCCCAUCGAGGAGGACCUGGGAGGGAGCACGGGAGAGAAGAGAUAUAACGAGAAUAUGGAUGCCAUGUUGGAAUGCGUACGAAUGUCACACAGCAACGCUUGGAGCAAAGAUCCCAUGAUGCAACUGAAGGUCACGGCCCUUCUCAGUCCUGAGCUAUGUGUCAAACUCACCAAGAUUAUUUCGAAACAAGCAUACGACUUGGACCUUCUUGUCAGGGCCAUGGAUGGCGAGGAGGUGAAAUUCCACGGUUUGGAGGAAAACGAGGCGGCGCACUUCCGUUGCAGCUUGAGGAGACUCAACAAGAUAGGCGAGGCUAGCGUGAACAAAGUGCGGGUGCUGGUCGAUGCCGAGUACACCUACAUGAACCCCGCCCUGUCUCUUGUUUCCAUGGCAAUGAUGAAGAAGUUCAACAAAGACAGUGCCUGGAUCUGGUACACAUUCCAGUGUUACCUGAAGGAGACAAGGACACACCUCCUGGAGGCCAUCAAUCAGUCCCAGGAAGGAGGUUUCUGUUUGGGGGUCAAGCUGGUGCGAGGAGCCUACAUGGACAAAGAGAGGAAGCUGGCGGCAAAGGAAGGUCGCCCGGAUCCGGUUCAAGACACCUGGGAGGACACAAAUGACAAUUAUAACAGCUUACUGGAGGUUCUGCUAAGACUCAUUGCCGAGGAGCCAACACGCUACAGGAUCAUCGUCGCCACGCACAACGAAGAGUCCGUGAGGCGGGCAGCCAAAUGUGUUGAGGAACUAGGCAUAGACAAAUCAAGAGGCAGCGUGUGUUUCGGGCAGCUACUGGGGAUGUGUGAUCACGUUUCCCUCACGUUAGCCAAGGAGGGUUACGCCGUGUACAAGUCGGUCCCGUACGGCUCGGUGGACGACACGCUGCCGUACUUGGUGCGCAGGGCUCAGGAGAACCAAACGGUGCUGAAAGGUAUCCGCAAGGAGCGAGACUUGCUUAGGCAGGAGCUCCGCAGGAGACUCAAUUUGGGAGCCCGCUAG